AUGACGAUAAUGCUAGAGCUGAAGCAAGGCAAGGGCAAUCUGGGCAGUCGAAUUUUGAAAUGUGGGGUUUGCAAGGGCAGAGACUUUGGUACUGCUUAUUGCACAUGUAUAUGUGAUGGAUUUGGUAAGGAGUACAAUUUAGCUCAAUCUCCCUCUUGUUCCUUACUUUUUCUGUUCACUCUCGCUGUCCCUGCCAUCCUGAUUCUCUUCAAUCUCAAUCCCCUCUUCAAUACCCGUCCUCCUUUUUCCCCUCCCCCUCUCCCCCUUCUCCUCUCCCACAACCCCGACCCCCUACGGCCUAACACAAGUACACUUGCACCGACUCUUAAACAACCCACACCCACUCCCAUCAAUCGCACUCGUAAUUGUAUUCCGCUGGCACCGGCGCGCCGUGCUCGUCCCCUCCGUCACACAGUGCUCGUAGCACACCCCGGACCAGUCGCUACGGCAGGUUUUCUUGUCGCGCACGGCGUCCCAGCGGAGUUGGGUGGCGCGCGGGUCGAGGGCGGGGUCGGGGUUGGCGUCGGGGACAGCCGCUGGGGCGGGGUUGGGGAUGGCGGUUGCGGUGGUGGUGAUGCUGAUAGUGGCGAGGAGGAGGGUGGUGAGGUGUGUGAAGUGCAUGUUGGGUAG